AUGCGUUUGAAUACUUCAAUUGAGGUGGCUCGAUAUCCCUCAACACAGGGAUUGGCAUUUCGUGGUCAUGAUGAAAGUGAAAGUUCGGCUAAUCCAGGAAAUUUUAUUGCACUAAACCACAAGAUGAUAUGUUCGGAUAUUCAAAAAGAGAUUGUAAAUGUAUUUGCAAUGGAAGUUCUAAGAGCAAUUAUAAGUGAUAUUGGUGAUUCGACGUUUUUUCUUAUGGUUGAAGAAGCACGAGAUAUAUCAAUGAAGGAGCAAAUGGCCUUAGUGGUAAGUGCUAUGACACUUAAAGCAACGAUUGAUGAUUUUUUACCUCGAUAUGGUUUGAGUAUCUCCAAAUUACGAGGUCAAGGUUAUGAUGGAGCUAGUAAUAUGAAAGGUCAAUUUAAUGGCCUAAAGACACUUAUCUUGAAUGAGAACCCUUGUGCAUAUUAUAUUCAUUGCUUUGCUCAUCAGCUACAAUUAGCUUUAGUAGCGGUUGCUAGGAAGCAUAAUCAUAUUUCUUCACUUUUUGAUUUUUCCACAAGAGUGUUGAAUGUUGUUGGUUCAUUAUGUAAACGUCGUGAUUUGCUAAGGGAGAAGCAAUCUGAAAAUAUAAUCGAGGCACCUGAUAUGGGGAUAUUUCAAGUGGGCGAGGUUUAA